UUACAGAACCAAUAUUAAAUAAUAAACUAAUCAAUACCCGUCAUCAAUUAACAAUAACCAAAGAUUUUGUUAAUUUUCACUAAAGCAUAGGUUAUGUCAUCUUUUGACAACCCGCUAAAAUGUUCAUUUCUCGUCAGAUGACGCCACCGAUUUAUCAACGAGUUUGACAAUUCUGAUUGUUUUCAUUAGGUUUGUUUUAUUAUUAAACAUUUUGCUCGAAUAAAGGAUUCGAUUCAAUUUAUGACUGAAAACUCAUCAAAUUGUUAUUCCGAACAAACGUUUAUCAAAUACGGAAUCGAAUGACAUCAAUCUUUCUUGAAGUUGUUGAUUGCUUCGCUAUUUGUUGGCUGUACUAACCGUAACUCGACGUGUAUGUAAACGUCAAAACAAACUUAGGUAUCGAAAGGCAACAAUGUUCAUCGUUACGAAAGAGAUCGACGGUGACAAUAUCGGCAAAUUAUGCCGUACAUGUUUAAGAGAAGACGGUGACAAAAUGGUUUGUUUAUUCGUGGGACCGGCUGGCUCUUCUCUCGCUGCAAAAUUGCGGUCUCUGUCAUGUUUGGAAGUUUGGCAAGGUGAUGGUCUUCCAGAGAAAAUGUGUGAUCGUUGCGUAACCAGAGCAGAGUCAGCUUUGCUGUACAGAGAACAAUGUCGAGCUGCAGACAGAGCAUUGAGACAAGCUGUUUUGAAGGUUUCUGGUUUAACUUCCUAUACUACAGUAUCCGGAUGCAAGUUGUAUCAACAGAAUCAAGGUUUCCUACCAGUAGAAAAUCCUCGUAAAACCUUGAAAUGCAUAGAAUGUGGCGCUGCAUUUACCAGCUAUCAGGAACUCUGUACUCAUAACAGGCUACAUCUACCUUUCGUUCAAGACAACGUACCAACACGACAUAUGCACAUAGUCGAAUCUCAGAACCCUUACUUUAAUUUUAACUUUAAUUUCAAUUUCAAUCAUUCGAACAACCUGACAGGCGACGACGUUCAGCAUGCGCAAUCAUCCACACUGAUCAGACCAAAUACGAUGCAAACGAUUCCACCAAACGGUGAAAAUCCAAGUCGUGCUGCUUGUGCUCUACAUUGUUCCUUGUGCAAUCGUACCUUUACCAAUAGAACGCAAUUGAUUAACCAUAAUAUUUCGCACAACGCGGACAACAUAGAUAUUCCUUGCGAAAACGAGAGUAUAGAUAUCUGCGAGAAUUCUAAUCAGGUUCCACAAAAUUUGAGUUACGAAAGAUCUAUUAAUUCCGUCGGGAAUUCCAUCCAAAACUUAUCUUAUCAAAGAUCGACGACGAACGAUAACAACGAGAUGCAGAAUUUAUCUUUUUCCGAGAACAUCGAUCUCGUGGAGGACGUGCGGGAUGGCAGCCCUCCAGAGCGCGUGCAAAACACGUCGUUACACGACUCUAACGCCUACGAUUCCCGUUCGAUCGUUCGUUUCUCGAAAAACGGUGAACGCACCGAUAACGGGAAGAGCAUCGAUGAGUAUCGAUCUUGCACGAACGUCUACGAAGGCAGCGUAGAGAAAGAAAAUUUGACGAACGCACAGCGUAAAAAGUUCAAGUGCGAACUGUGCUCUAAACUAUUCUCUCAGAAAUCGAAAUUGCUGACGCAUCGACUGUCGCACUCUAGUCAACGACCGUUCAAAUGUUCCGACUGCGAAAAGGCUUAUUCCACGAAGAGCAAAUUAAACGCGCAUGUACGUUUGCACACGAAAACGAAUGUGCACUCGUGUAAAUUAUGCAACAAAGUGUUCGCGUAUCCCUCCUACUUACGCGAGCACGAGAAAACCCACGAUCAAGAUAACGGUAUCGCGAACAACGAGGGGGGUCAAUCUUUCGAGUGCUCCGCUUGCAAAAAGAGAUUUCGAUCCUUGAAAAAUUUAAGAGCUCACGAGCGACUUCACACGGGGAAAGGCUUAGUACAGUGCGAAAUAUGCGAUAAGAGAUUCAGUCAACGUUACAAUCUCAAGAUUCAUUUGCGAACACACAAAGCGACGAGGCCGCACAAGUGCGAAUAUUGCGACAAGUGUUUCGUGCAAAAGGGUAAUCUAGCGGAACAUUUAAGGAUCCACACGAAAGUCAAACCGUUCGAAUGUAAAUUAUGUAAGAAGCGUUUCUCGCAGUCGAGUCACUUGAAAAAUCAUCAAGCAUCGCACACCACUGUCAGACAACAUCAGUGCCGCUUAUGCGGCAAACGAUUCAAAUUGGCGAGCCACCUGAAGAGACAUUUAAUUUUGCACGACGGCACCAAAGCGUACAGAUGUAAUCGAUGUAAUCAGUUGUUCUCGCAAGCGUUUAGUCUGACGAGGCACUUGAAGAGGCACGAAUCGCAAACGUAACGUGUACAUUGUAUAUUUGAUAUUAAAGGUAGAUUUUACAUA